UUAUAUCUUGAAGAGUAAUGGCUUCUGUUUUUCAUGUGCUUGUACACGUCUGUCACUAUGAUCCUAGAAUUCUGUAUAUGUAGUGUAACUAUUAUAGAUUUAUAGUAAAACUCUGCUCCAAUGUGGUAAAAAAGUUAGAAAGUUACCAUUUCUAUUGUUUCUCCGAUUUUGCUACCUGUUACUGUUAUCAUAAAAAGUGCAUGAAGAAGUUGGUUCGUACUUCAUACUGUUUACAUGAGUCGGUCAAAAUCCAAAACUAAAUCACAGCCGUCGAUCUAACUGUUGAUACGACCCACUCCAAUGACUCCACUCUACCUUCCUCCCACUACUAACCAGGACAACCAGAAAGUGAUCAUUUCCUUCUGCAAUCCAAAACCCUAACUCCGUCGGCGCUCGCGAUUCCGGCUGAAACUGAGGCUCCGAUCAGUCGCCGUUGACUCGUCAUUUCACCAUGGCUACCAGAAUCCAAUUCGAGAACUCGUGCGAGAUCGGAGUGUUCUCGAAGCUGACGAACGCGUAUUGCUUGGUCUCGAUCGGAGGCUCCGAGAGCUUCUACAGCACAUUUGAGUCGGAACUGGCUGACGUCAUCCCCGUCAUCAAGACCUCCAUCGGAGGCACUCGUAUCAUCGGUCGUCUCUGUGCUGGGAAUAAAAAUGGGCUGCUUUUGCCUCACACCACCACUGAUCAAGAGUUACAGCAUCUGAAGAACAGCUUGCCUGAUCAAGUUGUUGUUCAGCGCGUCGACGAGAGGCUAUCUGCACUUGGUAACUGCAUUGCGUGCAAUGAUCAUGUUGCUCUUACACAUACUGAUCUCGAUAGGGAAACUGAGGAGAUGAUUGCAGAUGUUCUUGGAGUGGAAGUGUUUAGGCAGACAAUUGCCGGGAAUAUUCUUGUAGGCAGUUACUGUGCUAUCUCCAACAAAGGUGGCUUGGUUCAUCCUCAUACAUCCGUGGAAGACUUGGAUGAACUUUCAACACUUCUUCAGGUUCCUCUUGUAGCCGGUACAGUCAACCGUGGUAGUGAAGUGAUAGCUGCCGGCAUGACGGUGAAUGACUCGACAGCAUUCUGUGGCUCGGACACCACAGCAACGGAAGUCUCGGUUAUCGAAAGCGUUUUCAAGUUGAGAGAGUCCCAACCUAGUGCCAUUGUGGAUGAAAUGAGGAAAUCCUUGAUAGACAGUUAUGUUUAAGCGGAUUCUCUGGGAGUAAUAUGAUGAUUAUUCGUUCAUGUUUUUGGUUCCCCUUAUGGUUAAAGAUAUUUGAGGUGUGUGAAUCCAUUUUAAAGUCUUGCUACCUAGUUGUGUAG